GUAAACAGUUUAGUCGGCGAAAGAAAGUCCAACGAAAUGUUUGUACAACAAACACGCCACAAAAGCUGGGAUUACGGAAAAUAAAACUAAGAAACAAAUUUAUUCAAAAAAUAAAAAAAUAUAUAUAAAUUGUGGAAAAACUAUAACAUUUUUGGAAACGUUGUGUUACAACAGCAGCGGCAAAAUGAUGGCCAACAAAGAAACUUAUAGAACAAUAAAAAAAUUGUGGUGGUUUAACUAUUGCACCAUGAUAAUAAUACUCAUACUACAUCUAAGCAUAGUCUUAGCCACGGAAACCAAAGCCGAAGGAAGCGCUCAAAAUCUUACGACAGUGGAUAAUGAAACAACAUCUGAACAACCCAUAGCAGAAGCUUUAAUACGCUAUAGAAGACAACCACCACGAACUAUAGUUAAACAUAUUGUCAGACCAAAACGUUUCAAAAUGAAACGUGUUAAAAGGCCAAAAAUAAAAUAUAGUUUUGCCGAACCACCACCAGCAUUAUACUACACACGAAAGCCAACAAUUAACUUUAAGAAACCCACAUUUGAUUCUUCAGUAAUUGAAGAGUUUUCACAUAUGAAUGUGGAAUCGGCUAAUUUUGAUUUACCACCCUCUAGUUAUGAGUCACAAUCAAUGGAUUUGGAUUUGUAUAAGCAUCAUGAGCCGAUUAUAGAAACUUCAUAUAAGGAAAUACAAAAACCUCCAACUUAUACAUAUACAGCACCAGAGGUGAGUUAUAAGGAACCUUCUUACUCUGUGGUCCAGAAAGCUCCCACUUAUAGUUAUACUGCUCCAGAAGUCAGCUUUAAGGAAACCACUAAGCCAAUAGUUACUUAUUCUUAUGCACCAGCUAAAACACGAAAACCACAUAGCCAAUAUGGAGUACCAAAUGAAUAUAUUUAUACCACGGGUUAUGAUAAACCCAGCGAUAACAAGUACACAUUUGAGGCACCUAAAGCCAGCAAACCUAUUUAUACGGAAGUGGAAAACCCCUAUUACAAUGCACAUGGUAAAAAUGAAUAUACUUAUAGUAAACCCUCUAAGGAAGUUCCACGUAUACCAGCUACUUCAUAUGGUGUGCCAGAUGUACAUUUACCAGUAAGCGGCUCUCACGAUUAUAACAAGUACUCAGUUGUGGAACAGAAACCAAGUUACACACCAACUAAACCGGAAACAUAUCAUUUUGCUGAACCACCACAACCAGAACCAAGUGUGGAAAUAACAUACUCUCCUUCCUAUGAAAUCAAUAUACCAUCACCACAUGAAAACUCCUAUUCCGGAGUAAAGCAUUCGCCGCCACAUCAUCCUCCUCCUAGUCAUGAGAAACCCAGCUAUCAAGAUUAUCCUAAAUAUGAGGAGCCACCACAACAAUAUCAUCCACCCAUAAAUCAUUCGCCAUCAGAUAGUUAUGGAAGUCCACCACAAGACAAUUAUGAACAUACUGGUCCCUCCUAUCAAGAAGGUUCAGACACAAAUCAACCAGCCAGUUACCAACCAGCACCACCAACUGGAGAUGAUCACUAUAUACCAUCAUCACAAAAUCUUCCCAUCAGUGUUAAUCACAAACAACCGCCCUAUGACUAUCCAAAAUCAAGUUAUGAAGUUCCUAUUUAUGAUCCUAUACCUUUUGAUUCUUCCAACAACCAAGAACGGGAAAUUUAUCCUCCUCAAACAUUAGAUCAUACCAACAGGCAGCAUUCAUCAACCGCAACAGAGUAUCAGGGAGAACCAAACAAUUUGUCUGAACAAAGACCAGAAUCAGAGGAAGCUUUACCGGAUGAUGUACAUUCAUCAGGUACUCGACCACAAACCACUCUACAAAAACCUAAAUCACCCAUAAAUCAUUUGCGUAGAACCCGUAAAAGAAAACGCACAAAAGGUUCAUCCACAACGGUAUCAACUACAAAACAUAUACUAGAUGUCCCAGAACUUGAAGAAGCUUUCGAAAAAGAAAAUCGCCAAAAACAUGAAAAAACUCAAGAACUAGAUGCUAAUGAAUCACAUUAUGUUGAAAAUAUUAACAAACAAAAUAACAAUAACAAUAAAGUCUAUAGCAAUGGACCCUGGAAUCCCAUGAAAAUACGUACUUCUCCCUUAAUGGUAACAACACCCAGCAGCACCACAUCAGCUCUUAACAUUAUGAGUACGAAAAAUAGACGUUUUCAUUAUAAACAGGGUAGAACAACAGCUACAACUACAACCACUACUACGACAGAGGCUCCCACAAAAGUUGAAAUUAUUUCUAUAGAAAAAUCAAGAUCGAAGACAUUUUUUGAUGGUGUAGUCUCUAAACCCAAAGUAUUUAAUCCUAAUUUCUUUAGAAAUCGUUACCGACAAGAGAGUACCAGCACCGAGCCACCCCAAGUAAUGUCAACAAACGAAAAUAAAGUUUCGAAAAGAACAACGAAAAAUAUUUUUGAUACCACUAUUUUUAAGAGUCCGCUAACUGAUCGUGAUGUUUAUCGUAAUUUGCCGAAAAAUCAUAAAUUAUUUUGAGAUUACGAAAAUUUAUUUAUUUAAUUAUUAGUUUAAGUUAAAUUAUAUGGUAGUAAUAAAGAGAAUUAUAAUUUUGACAAGG